AUGACAGCCCUGAUUGGCGAGGAAAAUGUGGCUACACUAUUUGGCGACGUGCACUACUUCUACGGCCCCGCAGACACCAAACCAAGGCAUCAUCGAUUCGACAAGGGCUCGUACGUCUACCUCUUCGAGAAUGCCAGUGACAGACGCUGUCGCAUUGAGAUAGCCAACCAGCCAGGCACCGUUGACCAGGACGCCUUCGACGGGUUUCUCGAUCAAGCACAUGUACGAUACUCGUACAAACAGCAUUGCACAGUAUCUCUCACGGUUGGAGAUACCGCAGGUCAUGAUGGGUGGCAUCUUCCGACGUAUGACCCCAGAAACGAAAACAAAUAUCACUACAGGCUGGAUUCUCUGGACAUAUACUUUUGGACACAACAAGAUGCCUUGCAAUUCGUCAACGGCGUUAGAAGAGUCCUACCAGCCAGUCAAGUUGAAGUCCUGGACGAGCCUUGCCUGCCGCAUGGCAUGAGCUCAGUUGUUCAGAGACUGGAGAAUGUGGCGAUUUCUGAUCCGCAAUACGGACAUGAUCUUCUGAUGUCGCAAGUUUCUACUUCGCAAACCAACAUUGGAAUUACGCCAGCGAGCCUGCCGCCGCCGCCGCCGCCGCCAUCUGCCUUUUCUCCCAUGGCAUAUAAUCCGGCGGCUCCGGCGGCGCCCGAGACGAUUUAUCAUCGGGACAAGACGCCGCCACCAGAUGAGGAUCCUCUAAAUCCCUUGGCCGUUGCCGUGGUCAAUGACUAUCAAAAGCAGCCCUUUUCGCCAGGAUUUCCUCCACAACCGCAGCAUCUGGGUGCUGCAAGCUCUGCAUUGGCUCCCAGAGGCAUCAACAGCUCGGCGGGGACGCCCCCUCAUUUUGCGGGACCUCCUGGGCGGCUAGGUGUACAGAGAGCUGUGACAGUACCUGCGACGACUACUGGCUUGGGUUUUUCUGAAUUAAACAGUGCUUAUGGAUCUGCAGUAUCCUCAGGGACAGCAGCACCGCCGCCGCCGCCGCCGCCGCCGCCGCCACCACCAUCAUCAUCGUCGGCCAUUUCUUCCUCUCAACAACGAGGAAGUCAGGACUAUUCCAUUCAUCAGCAAUUUUAUCAGCCAACCGAGGCCGAGAGUGUUUCAAAGAAACAGUAUCAGUACCAGCCGAAGACGGAAGGUUUUGGGGCCCAGCCUGCUAAGCGGACACCAGCCCAUUUAACGGGCAUGCCGGAGUACCCGUAG